CUGUCUCUGCAGCCCUGGCUUGGCUUCCCCUUCUCUGCUUGGCUGGCCGCUUCCUCGGUUGCUUGCUCCCUGCCUUCUCCUCCACAGAGCCCCUGCGUUUCCCCAUCUCUCCCUGUCUGGAUUCACAUGCUGCAGCUUGUGUAACACACCGGAAACGCCAGAAUGUCAACUUCCGGUGCCGAGAAUGUGCAGACCAGAGACAGACAGCAGGCUCGCCAUCUGGCCCCGCCCCCUCCAGCCUGAUUGGCUGAUACACCUCUUCUUCAGCCCAGCGCGAGCACUGCUGUGUCCUCUCACUUCCGGUGCGCGGGGUUUUCAAGAUGGCGGAUGAUGGGGACCAGGUGAGUGUCUGUGCGCUGGCUGUCCCUCUGUCCCCACAAUGCUGUGCGGUUACUCACUCAGGGCUCCUCUCCGGUCACCUGCCCACUCAGGACUGCCGUCUCAGUAAGCAUUGUAUAGAUUUACCGCCCACGGCCACUGCGUGGAGAGAGCAAUCCUACGGCACAGUCACCAUGGGAACCAGCAUAUUGUGAUUAUUCCACGCUUAGAACGUUCAUUCCACCACAGUUACUCUAUGUACCCAUACCGGGAUGGCUGCUGGACAACCGCUUAGCCAAAAAAGCUGUCAAUCAGUAGAUUUGCCCUUGGUUUUUACCGCCCUCUCCAUGUAAGUCAGUCAUUUAACAUGGUGCUGUGAUUAUACUGCUCACUGAGCUGGGAGUAUUUAAAGGGACACUAUAUAGUCACCUGAACAACUUCAGCUUAAUGCGUUUGUUCAGGUGAGAACUAUAGCUCCCUGCAGCCUUUCUCAUGUAAACGCUUGAAAGCUAGGAACACAUCCAGUUGCAGUCACUCAGAGUGAACCAAAGGGACUUCGGAGUUAAUAGAGGCAUGAUAUGACUCCAUCCACUCAGAUCUGCUGUCAGCAGAGCACAGGGCAGCACUGUGCACAGCAUCCUGUGAUUCAGUAUCUCCUCCCUCUGCAUGCAGACACUGAACUUUCCUCAUAGAUUCGUUGAUUCAAUUCAUCUCUAUGAGGAGAUGCUGAUUGGCCAGGGCUGUGUUUGAAUCAUGCUGGCUCUGCCCCAGAUCUGCCUCUUUGUUAUUCUCAGCCAAUCCUAUGGGAAAGCACUGUGACUGGAUCAGGCUACCACAUGUCAGCAGACUGCUUGUUUUUCUGAGUCCAACAGCAUGCAGAUUUACAGCUUCUGGCUUGAAUACAGUAAGACUUUUACUAUAUUUAUGAAGGCAUGGGGGCUAGAUGGUGGUGUUAACACUAUAUAGUCAGGAAUACAUAUUUGUGUUCCUGACCCUAUAGUGAUCCUUUAAAACGGGACAUUGUGCACGGCCAGGAAAUUUCAGAUCCAAUAGAGCUCUAAUUUGAAUUGUAAUUCACUUAUUUGUAAAUUACACGAUUGAAUAAAACCUUGACUGUCACUUUCUGGGUUUUCUGUAAUGAUUUUUUUAUUUUUUUACAAUCUUAUAUUGUAAAAGUUUUAGCAAAUUAACUUUAAGGACCACUAUAGUGCCAGGAAAACAUACUCGUUUUCCUGGCACUAUAGUGCCCUCAGGGUCCCCCUCCCGCCCGGCUCUGGAAGUGGAAAAGUGGUUAAAACUUACCUUUUUCCAGCACUGGGCGGGGAGCUCUCUGCCUCUGUUCCUCCCCGUCGGCUGAAUGCGCACGCACGGCAAGAGCUGUGCGCACGUUCAGCCGGUCGCAUAGGAAAGCAUUAUCAAUGCUUUCCUAUGGAAGCUUGCGUGCUCUCACUGAUUUUUUUCACAGUGAGAAUCACGCAAGCGCCUCUAGCGGCUGUCAAUGAGACAGCCACUAGAGGAUUUGGGGGAAGGCUUAACCCAUUGAUAAACAUAGCAGUUUCUCUAUAAAAGAAUGGGUUAAGCCUAGCUGGACCUGGCACCCAGACCACUUCAUUAAGCUGAAGUGGUCUGGGUGCCUAGAGUGGUCCUUUUAAAAUCUAGUUCUAUCUAGACAAAGUCAGGAUAUGCAGUGCAAAUGAGGAAGAGUACAGAAACACUAUUUCUGUUUCACCUUAUCAAUUAGUGUUACUCUAACCUGUUUUUGAAAUGUAUCGGUUUUCCUUUUAAACGUAUAAAACUGCUAUUCUGACUCUAAUUCCUCCUUGGGCCAAAUACUAUUCACACUUCAUCCCUGCUGCAUUACUAGGUUCCCUGCUUCUCCUAAAGAAGCCGCUUUAAAAAAAUAAUAAAAUAUAUAUAUUUAUUAUUAUUAUUUUUAUUUUUUUUAACCUUUUGAAAAAUGCGCAAAUUGGCUACUUUUGAUAGCAUGCAUGCAGUGUUCAUGAAGAGUAGAAAGGUAUAGGCUGUCCAGAGGGUGGUUAAGGGGAGGGAAAUAAGGUAUUGUCAUGUAUAGGAUGUCAUGGCGAGUGCUAAGAAGAAUGGCAAUAAGAAGGAAGCAAAUUACAAUUGAGCACUUUAGUUGGAUUGUGCGUGAGUUGCAUGCACACCGUCCUACAGACUUCUCCUUGAAGGUGCGAACACAGUGCCACCUGCGAGGGAAGAAGCCGAUAACGUCCAGUGCACAGUGUGUACUGAUCAGUCAAUCCAGAACAGAGCUGACUAAGUCACGUGUGCUGUAGCUGUAACUAGACCCUGCCACAAAAAUGAUAUUUCUCUGUAUAGGCUUGCUCAGUGACCACUUCAGCAAAAUUAUUUAAAGUGUAUGGUACAAAAGUCAGAUGUAAUAAAUCUGUUCUUUAAAUCUUGUGUUUGUGAUAUAGGCACCGACCACAAAUACAGUAGAAGAGCCCCUUGAUCUGAUCCGGCUGAGUUUAGAUGAACGGAUAUAUGUGAAGAUGAGAAAUGAUCGAGAGCUUCGGGGACGGCUGCAUGUAAGUGUAUUAAUGUUGUUUUUGUUUUUUUAAAGUGUGCAGCAUCACAUUAGAGACAUCUGGUUAAUUAUGUGUACAUAUCUCUUCCAAUGCAGGCAUAUGAUCAACACUUGAAUAUGAUAUUGGGGGAUGUUGAAGAAACAGUUACAACAAUAGAGAUUGACGAAGAAACCUAUGAAGAGAUUUACAAGGUAAAAAACUUUAGGAUGAGUGUAUUGAAAAAGCUGUUGUAGAAAUAGAAUCUUACCUUGCAAACUACACAAAUGUUGUUCGAUCAAAUCCUUGGCAACCUUACUGUUUUAAUAGUUUAAACAAUGGGAUGGUGAGAUCUUAUGUAUAACAUUUGCUGUCUUGCACAUGGAAAUCAAUCACUCAAAAUCUGGCCUGCGUGAUUUUUCUUUAUUGUAUGCAGAGCUGCAAGGUAUAGGGUGUGAUUUAAAAAUGGGUUGCUAACCGCAAUACAAUGGGUAUAGAAUUGGCUUAUAUGUGCAAUUAUCAUCCUUGCAAAAUACAUACAUUGACACGGAGGGAUAAAUCAUUUAGAGGUGAUUAAUAACUUCAGGGUUCCUUUAAAUGGACAUUCUGGGCACUAUAACAACCUCACUGCACUGAAGUUUUUGGGUCAUGAUGAGAUAAUGGCUAUACUGUCUUGCCUUAAGUGGUUAAACUAUGGCCUCAGACCUUGUAUCUCAUUCAGUCUACCAUUGGCUCCACAUUCACAAAACUGAGUGAAAAAGGUUAUUUGCUUUUUGUGAAUUGCUAAAUCAUGACAACUAAACUGCAUUAUACAUCUCUAGUGAAUAAAUCCACUAAGAAUUAAGGUCCCAUUUUUAAAUGUAUUUUUUUGUAUAACAUGCAAGGGUUGAGCUAACCCAUACUACAGAAUUCUCUGUCUUUGUGUGUGGUUUUUAUUUUUACUUAUCCUCUUUAUUUCAGUCAACAAAGAGGAACAUCCCAAUGCUCUUUGUCAGAGGAGAUGGCGUGGUUCUUGUAGCACCUCCUUUAAGAGUUGGCUGAUGCACUGAACAAAGAAUUAGAGUGAAACAUCAAGAUCUUUCUAAAUUACAGUGGCUGUAACACAUCUGGGCUUAAAUGGCCAUUAAGUCCUAUGUAUUUUUUUGGUAUCUUUUUGUUUAUGGCAGAAGCUGCCUUUGCGUUUUUAUUGCAAUUUAUAAAUCAAAGUAAAAUGUUAUGUGACAGACCAUCUCAUAAAUAACAGAACAAUGGUACAGGUUUUACUGUAUAAGGAUUUACAUUUUUUUUGUUUAAAAUUAAAGUAAGCAUUGGUGCUGAAUCUGU